UAAAUCUCCGAGGGUCACCUAAACGCAGCACAGCGCCUGGUUCUGUCAAGCGGAGCAGACGGCUGAGCUCUGCGCUUUGUCAAGUGACGGCCAACAUCAUGGAGAGCCCCAAAGAGGCGGCUGACUCCUCAGCAUGCACCUACUCCCAGGUCGUGUUCACGGGCAUCCCUCACACAUAUCCACCGGCUACCUCCGUCACCUGCUCUUUCAAUGCGUCCUUCCACCCAAACUCUAGGGACUGGGUUGGCAUUUUUAAGGUGGGGUGGAGCACAACAAAAGACUAUCAUACCUUUGUUUGGGUGGAGACGACACAGGACGACGAAACUUCUGUGACAAGGCAGGCAGUUUUUAAAGACUAUUACCUACCCAAAGAUGAGAAUGAGUUCUACCAGUUCUGCUACGUCGACAAUACGGGCCAAGUACGAGGGGCAAGCACGCCGUUUUGUUUCAGAAACGCUGUAGACGCGAGCCUGGAGGUCAUCCCAGAUGAUGACCUGCUGGUCAUCACUACACAGGAGCAGGUUGAUCAGAGCGUACGGGAGAAAGCUGAGCUGCAGAAAGAGGUGACUCAGGUUAUGGCAGAAAACGAAACCUUAAGAAACACUCUACAGCACAAACAGCAAGAAGCUGCUAACUGGAAGGAACAGCAUGAUGAGAAAGAGAAAGAAACAAGACGACUGGUCAAAGAACUGGAUCAAAUAAAGGAGCAGAAUAAAAACUUGAACAGCAUCGUACAACAGCAGCAGAAAGACACAGACAACUUGAAGGAGGAGAUGUCAAAAAUGAUGAAGCAGAUUCAGCAACGUGAUGAAGCUGAGCAGAGCAAACAGAGCGAGAGCCUGAGUUUACAGGGAGAAUGGCAACAGAAAGAGAAACAAAGUCAGGAAAAAUACGACCGCGCUGUGAUGAAGAUCAACCAGCUCAAAGCUGAGCGUGAAGAGCUGAAGGGAAAAGUCAACGCUCAAAGUGCAGAAGUUUCAACGCUUAAUUUCACAGUCAAAGACCAAGAAAGAGAACUCUCAAAGCUGAAAGACAGCAUCCAGCUCCUAAAGGUGGAUCUUCAGAGCAGUGAGAAAGAGAAGGAGCGUCUCUCUGUGGAGCUGCAGAGGCUGCAAGCUGCUGUACACAACAUGGACGACAUGAAGAGAGAGAACCAGGAGUUAACAAGGAGACUGUCACAGCAGGACAGCGCGCCUCAGAGCUGUCCAGACGAUGACCUGAGGGUGGAGAUUCAGACUCUCACUGGAAAGCUUCAGGACGCUCAGAUGAAGUUAGCAGCGGAAAAGGAAGAAUCAAAAAACGCCAGGAGACGAGCCGAGGUUUUGGACAGAGAUCUGCAGGACGUCAAAGAGCAGCUGACGAAAGUGGCGAGGCUGUGUGAGGAGACUCAACAGACAACCAAUAAACAGGAGCUGAAGCUCAACGAAGCACACGAGCUGAUCGCAGAGAAAGUCGGCGCCGUCGAGGAGUUAGAGGACAUGAUAAAGCUUGAGAGGCACGAGAAAGAAGAGCUGGCCAGAGAAAACCAGAUUCUGAACAGAGACAUGGAGGGCCUGCGCAGACUAAAUGCUGAACUCCAAGCAGCUCCUCCUCCUCCUGAAGACCAGUCACAGAACAGUUUCCAUAUACCCCCAAACUUCACAGCUUCACCCACACCUGAAUGGCAACAGCUGGCAACACCUGAGCAGGAGGAGCAGGCAUAUGAGACCAUAGCGAGCAUCACAGAGCCAGAGGAGGAGCAGUCGCUGGUGUGCUGUCACUGCCGUGAGAGCUUCCCGGGAAUAACCCUGCAGGAACUGGAGCAGCACGAGCAGAGUCACAGAGUUUGUCCAAUCUGCCUGAUUAUCUGCGACAACAUGGAGCAGUCGGUGUAUGAGGAUCACGUCUACAGUCACGACCUGUGAGAUAAAUGUGGAGUCAGAAAGGUCACGUAGGGUCAUGUAAAUGUCUGAAGGAAAUAAUGUCUUACAAAUGGGUGGUCAGGUGUCACAGACCACACUUGUAUGUUUGUUUUACAUACAUGUUACACAUACUACUAACAUUUCCUAAAGCAUACUGAAGUUUUUACCUUUGGAACAGUGAUUUUAGUCUGUUUACAGACCUGUGCACAUUGAGAAUCAGCUGGCAGAGACCUGAGACCGUCCUGAGUUAUGCAAUCCAUCACUGUGAACAUGAUGUCCUCGUUUAUUAUGUUCUGAUUUAUCUUGUCAUUGCAGGAUUGUAUUUAAAAGUGGAUUUGUUUUGGAAAGAUCUAGAGUGGACUACCAUAUAACUAGGACAAGAAUACUUUUGAUUCUUUAUGUUCCUGUUCCUUACAAAGUUCUCCACAGCAGGGCUGUCAGAUAACUUAGCUGUUUACAAAAAAACAAACCAUACUGAUACUUAUGUUAAUACCACUGCAACAAAAGAAGUCCUAGGCACCCAAUAUUUAAUAAUUUCUAUUUUUAAGUGAUCAAAAAUUGCUGGCAACUCCUCCACACUGUCUUAAAGAUUCAAGAUAUUAACAACAAAGCAAAAUAUCGCCAGUAUUUAGUGCUAUUUUGACAAUGUAGAGAAGUUUGCCCACAGCUUUAAUGGAUCCUUUCCUCUCCAAAGCACCUGUUAGAUGCUUGGGAGUUGUUUGACACAAUGGAUCAUUAAAAUGACAAAUAUAGUCUCAGUUUAAAACAUUUAGUUUCAGAAAGUAUCCAAGUAUUGAAAUUUAGACAGUUUACUUCAAAGUUACAGAUUUCAGACCUUAAAGCACAAAAAAAAUCCAGUUAUUUAAUCAAACAAAGCCAAGUUGUCCUAUGUUAAAACUGGUGUUUCCAUCAGCAGGCACAUCUAAAGCAACAUUCUGUUUUGCCUGGCCUUUAACUCACAUAUAGGGUGUAUUUUUUUUAAUUUGACAUUGUUUUCUUUCUUAUUUAAAGGCCAGGUGUCCACAGUAAGAAGUGCACACAAAGUGCAUCUUCAAGACACAAAAGAAGUGUAUUUAUGGGAUAAUCUAAGAAUCUGGACACACGCAGUCAGAGGGCUCUCCCGCUAGGGCUGUCAAUAUUAAUCCCAUUAAUCGUGAUUAACUGAGACCCACAAUUAGUGCACAUUUUUUUAAAAUCACGAUUAAUAUGAUGCUUUAUUGUCCCUUUCAGCACACUUUGGUAAAUACACAUCAGUGUCUCCCUGCAGCUGCAGUGAUGUAAAAUAACUCCACCACUGCUCCUAAAUGUCUCAUUUUACUUUAAUGCAAAUCAAAUCUCCGUCCAAGUGUAUCUGCGGGCACAAUGUAGACUGAGAGCAGCACCUGAACUGACCUAGAUUUAAAGAUUUCCCAAAUCCAAUCCAGCAUUCCAUCAAAAACGAAGAAAAGCUUGAUCUUGUUCAAUUUUCCCUCCCAGCCAGAAACAGUUAAUAUGGCAGCAAUCAUCUUGUUUUGUCCCACAUCUUAACAUUUGGGGAUAGUAAGGCUCCAAGUUUUACCAGCUCCACUGGAGGAUGUCUGAAUAUUAAUUAAAAAGAAGAAAUAAUCUGAUACUGGGCUGCUUGGGUUUCUAGUUUUGUAGGUAUUAGCUCAGGCAUUGAUAUUGAGUUUCUACUAGAAUCCGAUUGAAGUUUAGAAAUCUUGUGACAAUAACACCCUCAUGGUGGCACAAAGAUCCCAGGCAAACACUUCCACUGGCAUGCAACAUAAGCUGAAAGAUAUGGAUGUCUGAACAUUUGAUCCCCAUCAGGCUUACACAGAGCUGAGAUCAUGAACAAGAUUAUGAAUCUGAGAGGACACUAAUUGUCAGCUGUCGACAGGAUAUUCUGGACACGUUUCAGUCUGAACUAUAAUAGAAAUACUGAUGUUACUCAGCAUUACACAACCCAAAAACAGUAUUAAUAAUAGAGAAAUAAGGCAUGAUUCUAACCUUUGGGUAUGGCAAAAAUAAAGCUAGUUGUAGUGUAAAGGUUAACACCUUGAUAUCUACUGGAUUCAAGGAAAAAACACUAUCCUUCAAACCUUCAGUAUGCUUUGGAAAAUAAACAGUUAAAUGUAAAAACAGUUUGUAAAAAAACUGAAACCAUGGUAUUUACUCGAAGUUCAUAUAAUUAUGAUUUAACUAACCAUAGGACAUUUAUAACUGAAUAUAUUAACCAGAACUCUUCAUUUACAGUAUUGCUUUGCACUGAAACUCUGAUCACAAGUAACCGAAUCAUGCUGAUUCAAGUAUUGAUUUAACAUGUGCCUAGGAUUUGUUGAUCAUGUAAUAAUAAAUAUGGUCAUUUAGCCUUUACAAUGCAAACAUGUAAGUGCAUUUAUCGUCUUACUUGAAUAAUAAAAAGCCAAGUGUCUGAUAA